AUGGCCAAAUACUGUUUAAAUAAAGCAAGUAAGCGUGUAACAUGUCGUCAAAGAUAUAAGAUUGAAAAAAAAGUUCGUGAUCAUAACAAAAAGGCCAGAAGGGAAGCAAAAAAAAGUGGUUUAAAUAAGAAAGCUAGAAAACCUGAUGUUAUACCAAAUAAUUGUCCAUUUAAAAGUGAAAUGUUAGCAAUGGCUGAAAUGAAACGCGAGGAGAUGAAAGCUGAAGCUGAUAAAAAAAGAGCACAGAAAAAGCUUGAAAAAUCAAAGAAAAAAAAAGUUAAUAUACCAGAAGCAGGAGUCAAAAGAAAAUUAAAUACAAUAGGUAGUAUUGAUUCAAUUGCUAAAAAAGCUUUAGCUAGUAGUGAAAUGUAUGAUAUGGAUGUAUUAAAAGAUUGUGGGGAAAUAAUAAAUAGUUGUAGUGCAACAACAGAUAAUUCAUACAAAAAAUAUGCUUCAGAAGUAAAAAAAACAAUUGAAGUUUCAGAUGUUGUAUUGGAAAUUCUUGAUGCCCGUAACCCAUUAGGAUCCAGAAAUAUAAAUCUUGAAAAAAAUAUCUUAGCAAGUGGAAAACGUUUAGUUCUUGUUCUUAACAAAAUAGAUCUUAUUCCUAAAGACAAUGCUGCAGCAUGGUUGAAGUAUUUACGUAAAAUUGCUCCUACAGUUGCAUUUAAAGCUUCGACACAAGAGCAAGUACAAAAUGUUGGUAGAACUAGAUCUUCAAAUUUAUCAAUCAGUACAUCAAAAUGUAUUGGUGCUGAUUUAAUAAUGAAAUUACUUGGAAAUUAUUGUAGAAAUCAAGGAAUUAAACAAAGUAUUCGCGUUGGAGUUAUUGGUUAUCCUAACGUUGGUAAAAGUAGUGUUAUUAAUAGUUUGAAAAGAAAAAAGAGUUGUCAAGUUGGUAAUCUUCCAGGAAUGACAAAACAUAUACAAGAAGUUGAAUUAGAUAAAAAUAUUAGAUUAAUUGAUUCACCAGGAGUUGUUAUGGAUCUUGGUAAAAAUCUUGAUGAAGUUGAACUUAUCCUAAAGAAUGCUGUAUCUGUUGAAAAUGUUAAAGACCCUGAAUUGGCUGUAACUGGUAUUUUACGUAGAUGUUCUCCAGAUGUCUUAAUGAUUCAUUAUAAAAUUCCUGAAUUUUCGACACCUGUUCAAUUUUUGGAUUUUAUUGCACGAAGAAUUGGUCGUAUUGGUAAAGGAGGAAUAACCGAUAAGACUGCUGCAGCUAAAUUUGUUCUUCAUGAAUGGCACGAUGGUAAACUUCCAUACCACACAAUACCUCCAGAAAUUAUUUCUAAUGAUAAUAGUGAAGAUUUAAUUUGUGACAAAAAACUUUUAAAUACAAUGUCAAAAGAAUUCUCAUUGGACGAUAUUGAUGAAGAACAAAUCAAAGUUGUUGAAAGUAUGGAUGAUUCUACACAUGUUUCUUGUGUUCUUAAUACAUCAAAUAAUAACAUUGAAGAUGAAGCUAUGGAAGUAGAUAAUACAGCUUCAAACUUUUCUGUUAGUGUUGGAGUAAAUAAAAAGAAAGAUAAAAAUAUUGAAAAGGAAGAAGAUGCUAUAAAAGUUCCUAGAAGUUAUAAACAUGAUGGAAAUGUACAAUUAAACAAAGCUGUUUCUAAAAUAGCUAAGAAAACUAAGAAACGAGCACAGAAAACAGAAAGAAGAAUGAAUAAGAUAGCCGAUAAUAUGGGCAGUUUUGGUUUAUAA